AUGGCGUACUGCAGCGCCGACAAAGUCAACUCAUGUACCACAGUUACAUACGUUGGGACCGCCUGUUAUCUGAAAAGGACCUUUAGCAAUAUCGUUCGACCUUCAUCCGGCAACACCGCCACAAUCUACGUUACUGCACCGGGUUACCCGGCACCUGUCUCGAACGGACUGUACAGAAGUACCGGAUGUGGUACGCCAUUGAACUCUCAGAUCAAUGCUGGUGGAGCCAGUGUGCAAUUCAGUGGUAAUGGAUCCGACGGUUAUGUCCACACUUACAACAUACACGUGCCGUCCACCUACGACCCCAGCAAAGCAGCCCCACUCAUCUUGGUCUUCCACGGAAGAGGCGAUAGUGGAACUGCCGUAGAGAGCGGAACUGGCUUCUCACUCGAGAGAAUCAAUCCUUAUGGUAUCGCGGUCUAUCCCACAGCAAUCAAGGACUCUACGGGUCAGCCCACAUGGCAAGGUGAUCCAAGUUGGGUGGGCAAUACGACUAUCAACGAUCUCAACUUCGUCAGCACUUUGGUGGCCAAUAUCUCAUCCCAGUUCUGUAUCGAUACAAGCCGUGUCUUCGCAGCUGGUUUCAGCAACGGUGGUGGCCUGACAAACGUGCUGGCUUGCGAUCCAACCAUGUCCACAGUUUUCAAUGCGUUUGCACCUCACUCCGGAGCAUACUACACACAGACCAAUGACUCUUCAUCAGUCUGUUUGCCCAACGCUAUCCUGACGAACGACCUGAUACACUCUGUCUGUAGCCCCGCCAGACGUGCCCCUAUGAUCGAAUUCCACGGCGACGGUGACGGCACUAUUCCAUACUUUGGAGGUGGCCGCAGAGGAUACUGUUUGCCGGCCAUUCCCCAUUGGACUCAGGACUGGGCUACGCGUAACAACUUGACGACCGACAACGUCACCACCAUCACAAACGGAGGCAACGUGACCAAGGCGGAGUUCGGUUCCACGAGUGGACUUCUCGGUCUUGUUACUCAGUUCCGCCUCGCAAAUUGGCCUCAUCAAUAC